GUUCUGUCGCCCAGCGUUUCUCUGGAGGGAAGCUGGUGAGGCUUUGGCGGCUUGGGAGACCAUUCAUCUUUGAUUUAACUGGAUUUGGGCAAAUCACAAAGUUGGACCUUAAGUUUGAGACCCUAGUGGAUGGCAACUUCCUUACUGUUAGGAAAUACUCUGGAGAUCUUUCCCUGAACCUCUAAAACCGUCCUAAAAUGACGGAAAUUGUGGAGGAAUAUGAGGAAUUUGAGGAGGAGGAAGAGGAGAUUGUGGACGGGAUUACAACGACGACUGUCACUGAGCACAAGAGUUCUCAGUUCGCUCAGUCUGGCUUGCCCACCAGGAAAGUCAGGAAGAAGGUCAAGGUGGAUACUUCCAAGUUCAUGACUCCAUACCUGGCUCACAGCCAGAAGAUGCUGGAGCAGUUCAGCCAUAACAAGUACCGGCAAGCUUAUGACAUGUCCAGAGGGACGCCUACUGCCUUCAUCAAUGAUACACCUGAACUUAUUCGCAUCAGGAAGGCCCAGGAGCAGCUUAGCGAGGUUAAAUACCGCAUGGAGGGAAAUAAAACUCGGACGACAAGCUUGUAUGAUGGUGAGGCCAGAGAGGUUGCCCACGUCAAGCGUGUAUCUGAGCUGAUCAGCAAGGUUCUGUACAGACAGAAGUGGGAUGAGACUAAGGACCGGUACCUGCUUCCUCCUGAUGCUCCUGAACUUGUCCUGGCUGUGAAGAAUGCUGCUAACUACAGCAAAAAACUUUACACGGAGGACUGGAAUGAAGAGAAGACCAUGUUCUAUCCUUACAGCGACAGCCCUGAGCUGCGCAGGGUGGCCAAGGCUCAGGAGGUCUUGAGUGAUAUUCUCUACAAGAAGGGUCAUGAUGAGCGCAAGGCUAAGUACACCUCCUUGGCUAAUCCUCCUGAAAUGGAGCUGGCCAAGAGAGUGGCCCAUCAACGCAGUGAUCUUAAAUACAAGGAGGAUUACAAUAAAAAUGUGAAGGGUCAAUGGUGCGAGACGCCAUACUUUGACGUGGCCACUGCCAGGGUGGCAAUGGAGAACUUAAGCAGUAAAAAAUACACGCAACAUUAUGAGGAUACGAAAGACCAAAUUUAUUUUAUGCAAACAAACACACCCGUUUAUGACGCAAACAAGAAAGCUCGUAUUGCUGCCAGUGAGGUCCAAUACAAGAAGGAAUACGAGAAAAGCAAAGCGCAGUGUGACUACAACACGCUCCCCGCCACAGAGAAUCCUCUCCUCAGACAGCUCAGAUAUGCUGGCACCAUCCUCAGUGAUAAAGUUUAUAAAUCCAGCUAUGAAAAAUCCAGGGGUUCCAGCAUCAACUACUGUGACACACCCAAGUUUCAGAUGGACUCCGUACUUAAACAGUUCUCUGAUGUACGUUACAAAAAUAAGUAUGAAAAUGAGGUGAAGGGCCACUAUAUUGGAAGCUACGAAGAUAUCUACAUGCUUCACUGCCAGAAAGUUGAGGAAAUGAAGAAUGAGCAACUAUAUAAAUCUGACUAUGAAGACAUUAAGACAAGGUGCUUUUUCCCUCAAACAUUGACGCCUGAAUAUGAAGUUGGGAAGAAGCUUUACCAAUGUAAUGAUAAAGUUUACCGGCAACAUCCAGGCACAGUGAAAUUUACACAAGUGGUGGAUUCCCCCGUUCAGCUUCAAGCCGCCAUCAACGCCAAACAGCUAAGUGAUUUGAACUACAAGGCAAAGUAUGAGGAUACAAAGUUCAAGAAUAGUCUGCCCCCCGACUAUCCCUUCUUCAUCCAGUCCAGAGUUAACGCUUUUAACCUCAGUGACAACUGUUACAAGUAUGAUUGGGAGAAAUCUAAAGCAAAAAAGUUUGAGAUCAGGGGUGAUGCUAUUUCGAUCCUUGCUGCCCGUGCUCACACAAACAUCGCCAGUGAUGUUAAAUAUAAAAAGGAGUAUGAGAAGAACAAGGGACACAUGGUUGGAGCCCUCAGCAUUAAUGACGAUCCAAAGAUCUUGCACUCCGUUCACGUGGCCAAAAUCCAGAGUGAUCGGGAAUAUAAAAAGGACUAUGAAAAGAUAAAGACCAAGUACCAUGCACCACUGGAUAUGAUGUCAGUCACCUUGGCCAAGAAAGCACAGGGGAUUGCCAGCAUGGCUGGGUAUAGGAGCAUCAGUGCCAACUACUUCCUUCCUCAUGACAGUGUGCUGUUGGACUUGGCCAAAAAAGCCAACAUCAUCCAGAGUGAUAAUGAGUACAAGUCUGACUACAACAACUUCACCAAGGGUGCUCCAUGGAUCCCCCUUGGCUCUUUGGAGGUUGAAAAGAAUAAGAAAGCUGCUGACAUCCUUAGUGAGAAAAAAUACAGAAAACACCCAGACACAGUCCCUUUCACCUCUAUUGACAACCACCCCACCAUGAUGCAGGCCAAAGUCAACCAGCUUCUAAGGAGUGAUCUGUUCUACAAGAGAGGUCUGGAGCAGGUCCAUCAGAAGUACUCUCUGCCUCAUGAUAUCCCUGAGUUUCUCCAGGCCAAGUGCAACGCCUACAACAUCAGCAAGAACUACUACAAGCUUGACUGGCAGGCAUUGAUUGCUAAAGGUUAUGACCUGAAGCCUGACGCUAUAUCUAUUGUUGCCGCCAAAGCUGCCAGACAUGCUGCCAGUGAUGUCCAGUAUAAAAAGGCUUACCAGAAGGCCAGAGGCCACCAUGUUGGCUUCCGCAGCAUCAAGGACGAUCCUCUGCUGGUUCACUACAUGGAGGUGGCUAAGAUGCAGAGUGAGAAGAACUACAAGAAGGACUACCACAAGGCCAAGCUGAAGUACCACACCCCAGUAGACAUGAUGAGUGUGGUUCACGCCAAGCACGCCUCUGCUGUUCAGACCUAUGCGGGUUACAAAAAGAUCCCUCACAGCUACAUGCUUCUGCCUGACUCAAUGAGUCUGAACCUUGCUCGCAACAUGAACAUCAAUUCCAGUGAUUAUAACUAUAAACUGGAUUAUGAGAGCUCUGUCAAGGGAAUUGGCUGGGUUCCCAUUGGUUCUCUAGAGGUGGAAAAAGCCAAAAAAGCAGCAGAAGCUUUGAAUGAGAAAAAGUACCGCCAGCACCCUGACACAAUCAAAUUUACCAGUGUCACCGACUCCAUGAACAUGGAGUUGGCCAAGGCCAAUGCCAAGAUCAUGAAUGCGAAAGAGUAUAAGGCCAGUGGAGAGAAGUUCAUGCACACUUACCACCUCCCCGCUGAUGUCCCUGAACUGAUGCAAGCCAGAUACAAUGCCGUCAACAUCAGCCAAAAUUACUACACCUACGCUCAUCGUCAAGAUCUGCUCAAAGGGCAUCAUGUGAAGGAAGAUGCCAUUUCCGUUGUUGCAGCAAAAAGCUCCACCAACAUUGCCAGUAACUACAAGUAUAAACUGGCUUAUGAGAAGGCCAGAGGCCACCAUGUUGGCCACCGCAGCAUCAAGGACGAUCCUCUGCUGGUUCACUACAUGGAGGUGGCUAAGAUGCAGAGUGAGAAAAACUACAAGAAGGACUACCACAAGGCCAAGCUGAAGUACCACUCCCCAGUGGACAUGAUAAGUUUGGUGCAUGCCAAGACAGCCAGUGCUGCUCAGACUAUGGCUGGAUACAGGAAGAUCCCGCAUAGCUACUUGCUUCUUCCUGACAACUUGCACAUGCAGCGGUGUCGUGGCAUGAUGGAGAUCCAGAGUGAUAAUGUCUACAAGUCAGAAUACAACAACUACAGUAGAGGCGUAGGAUGGGUCCCUAUUGGUUCUUUGGAUGUUGAGAGGGCAAAAGUUGCUAGAUCUGCACUGGCAGAAAGAGGCUACCGCCAGCAUCCCAGUAACUUCAAAUUCACAAGCAAGACUGAUGCCAUUAACACGGCUUUGGCUUUGGCCAACACAAAGACACUGGACAAUGCUUCAUACAGAGCUUCUGGCGAGAAGUUCAAGCACACCUAUAAUCUACCCGCUGACUGCCCUGAGUUCCUUCAGGCUAAAUUCAACGCCCAGACCCUUAGCGAGAGUCACUACAAGCACAAGUGGCUGGAAGAUAUUGCAAAGGGAUAUGACAUGAAGCCGGAUGCUAUUUCUGUGCUGCAUGCCAAGCAAGGCAGACAUAUUGCCAGCGAUAUCCAAUACAAGAAAGCUUACCAGAAGGCCAGAGGCCACCAUGUUGGCUUCCGCAGCAUCAAGGACGAUCCUCUGCUGGUUCACUACAUGGAGGUGGCUAAGAUGCAGAGUGAGAAGAACUACAAGAAGGACUACCACAAGGCCAAGCUGAAGUACCACACCCCAGUAGACAUGAUGAGUGUGGUACACGCCAAGCACGCCUCUGCUGUUCAGACCUAUGCUGGUUACAGAAAGAUCCCUCACAGCUACAUGCUUCUUCCUGACAACUUGCACGUUCAGCGAUGUCGCACUAUGAACACCCAGUCAAGUGAUUGUAACUACAAAUCUGAAUGGAAUAACGAUAUCAGGGGUAUUGGAUGGGUCCCUAUUGGCUCAAUUGGAGUUGAGACUGCUAAACUUGGAGGUCAAAUUCAGAGUGACAAAAAGUACCGCACUCAUCCAUCCAACUUUAAGUUCAGCAAGCUGAUGGACUCAAUGGACUUGACUCUGGCCACUGCCAACAACAAGAUCAUGAACAAGAAAGCAUACACUGCAGCUUGGGAGAAGGACAAACUGACAGUCCACAUCAUGCCAGAUGCUCCUGAGAUUCUCCUGGCCAAGGCUAAUGCCCUCACCAUGAGCAAUAAACUUUACAAAGCCGGUGUUGUGGAGAUGGCCAAUAAGGGCUACCACCUCAAAGCAGAUGCCAUCCCAAUUCUGGCUGCCAAGUCUGGUACCACUAUUGCCAGUAAUUACAAGUACAAGUUGGCUUACGAGAAGGCCAGAGGCCACCAUGUCGGCUUCCGCAGCAUCAAGGACGAUCCUCUUCUGGUUCACUACAUGGAGGUGGCCAGAUUGCAGAGUGACAAGAACUACAAGAAGGACUACCAGAAGUCUAAGCUGAAGUAUCACUCCCCAGUGGACAUGAUAAGUUUGGUCCAUGCCAAGCAGGCUUCUGCUGCUCAAACUAUGGCUGGAUACAAACAGAAAAUCUCCCACUACACUGUGCUGCCUGAUGCCAUGAACCUGCAACUAGCGCGUAACAUGCAAUUCAUCGCCAGUGAUAACCAGUACAAGAGUGAGUAUGAAAGCUUCAUAAAGGGAAUAGGAUGGGUCCCUAUUGGAUCACUCGAUGUUGAAAAAGCAAAAAUAGGAGGCAAGAUUCUCAGUGAGAGUCUAUACCGUCAAGCCCCUAGCAACUUCAAAUUUACUAAGGACAUGCACUCCAUGGAUCUGGCACUAGCCACUGCCAACAACCAGAUUAUGAAUAAGAAAUCCUACACAACUGCCUGGGAAAAAGACAAGACUUCGAUCCACAUCAUGCCUGAUGCAAUGGACAUUGUUCUCGCGAGAGGAAACAAGAAGAACGUCAGUGAGAAAAAGUACAAACAGGCAAACGAAGAUGCCAAGAAGAAGGGCUACGAUAUCCGCAAUGAUGCCAUUUCCAUUAAAGCAGCCCGGGCUUCCAGGGACAUUGCCAGCGAUUACAAGUACCAUGCUGGAUACCGUAAGCAGGUUGGCCACCACAUCGGUGCUCGCUGCGUCCAGGAUGAUCCUCUGCUCGUGCUGGCUCUGAACUCAGCCAGGAUUGCCAGUGAUGCCCUGUACAAGAAGGACUUCAACAAGUCCAAGACCAAGUUCAAUCUGCCAGUGGACAUGAUCGCAUUUGAACUGGCCAAGAAGAACCAGAUUCAGGUCAACCACGCCAACUACAUCACUCGCCUCCAUAACUGGACUUGCCUGCCAGACUCCAAUGAUGUCCGCCUGGCCAGACGUGCAUAUGACCUACAGAGUGAUGCUGUUUACAAGGAAGAUCUGAAGAUGUUGCAGGGUAUUGGAUGGGUGCCUAUAGGUUCACUGGAUGUUGAGAAGGCAAAGAAAGCUGGUGAGGCCCUGAGUGAGAGAAAGUAUCGUCAACACCCAAGCAACUUCAAAUUCAAAAUCACCACUGAAGACAUACCCAUGGUGUUGGCUAAGGCCAACGCCCAGGUUAUGAACAAGAAUCUCUACACUGAAGCAUGGGAGAAGGACAAGAUCAAGCUGCAUAUCCAACCUAACACUCCUGAGAUCAUCCUCUCUCAGCAGAAUGCUAUCAACAUGAGCAAGAAACUCUAUAGACAAGGUUUUGAGGCCACCAUCAACAAAGGCUAUUACCUCCCUCUGGAUGCAAUCUCUGUCAAGGCUGCUAAAGGCUCCAGGGACAUAAUCAGUGAUUACAAGUACAAGACGGGAUACCGUAAGCAGGUCGGCCACCACAUCGGUGCUCGCUGUGUCCAGGAUGACCCUCUGAUCAUGCUGGCUCUGAACUCAGCCAAGAUUGCCAGUGAUGCACUGUACAAGAAGGACUUCAACAAGUCCAAGACCAAGUUCCACCUGCCAGUGGACAUGCUGAAUAUUGAACUGGCCAAGAAAUGCCAGAUUCAGGUCAACCACGCCAACUAUAUCACCCGCCUGCACCAGUGGACUUGCCUGCCAGACUCCAAUGAUGUCCGCCAGGCUAGGAAGGCCUACGAUCUUCAAAGUGAUGCUGUAUACAAAGCUGACAUGGAUGAGGUCAUAGGCGUAGGAUGGGUCCCCAUCGGUUCAAUUGACGUGGUGAAGGCCAAGAAUGCUGGAAGAAUUCUCAGUGAACAUCUCUACAGGCUGAAACCAGACACACAGAAAUAUACAACUGACAUGUCUUCCAUGUCCAUGGUCUUGGCCAAAGCAAAUGCUGAGAUCAUUAACAAGAGAAAGUACAUUUCUGCUUGGGAGGCUGACAAGGUUAAGAAUCAUGUUAUCCCUGAUUUACCUGAGAUUUUGCUUUCUAAAGCUAAUGCUCACAACAUCAGCAAGAAACUAUACAGGGAAGCUGUUGAGGAGAUCUUUAGAAAGGGCUAUGAUCUUAAGGCUGAUGCUGUCUCUGUUGUUGCUGCCAAACGAGGAAGAGAGAUCAUCAGUGAUUACAAAUACAAAACUGGAUACCGUAAGCAGGUCGGCCACCACAUCGGCGCCCUCAGCGUCCACGACGACCCUCUGAUCAUGCUAGCUCUGAACGGAGCCAAGAUUGCCAGUGACGCCCUGUACAAGAAGGACUUCAACAAGUCCAAAACCAAGUUCAACCUGCCAGCGGACAUGCUGAAUAUUGAACUGGCCAAGAAAUGCCAGAUCCAAGUCAACGAUUUCAACUACAGAACACAUCUGCACAACUGGACCUGCCUACCAGACUCCAACGAUGUGGUCCAGGCCAGAAAGGUUUAUGACCUGCAGAGUAAUGCUGUUUACAAGGCUGACAUGGAGUGGAUCAGGGGAACAGGUUGGGUGCCAAUUGGUUCAGUUGAUGUGGAGAAAGUCAAGAAAGCAGGAGAGGUCCUGAGCGAGAUCAAGUAUCGUCAGCAUCCCAGCAACUUCAAAUUCACUGCCAAGACAAGUGACAUGCCAUAUGUCCUUGCUCAGGCUAAUGCCCAUAUCAUGGACAAGAAAGCAUAUACUUCUGCCUGGGAGAAGGACAAGAUCAAGCUUCACGUCAAGCCUGACACCCCAGAGAUCAUCCUGGCCAAGCAGAAUAAAAUCAACACCAGUCUGAAACAAUAUCGUGAAGGCUAUAUGGACACCAUAAACAAAGGCUACUACCUUCCCAAAGAUGCAAUUUCUGUUUUAUCAGCCAGAGCCUCCCGAGACAUCGUCAGUGAUUACAAAUACAAGGCUGGUUUCCGCAAGCAAUGUGGCCAUCAUAUUGGUGCACUCAGUGUUAAAGACGACCCACUGAUUAUGUUGGCCGCUAAUGCAGCCAGGAUCUCUAGUGACAACAUCUAUAAGAAGAACUUCCACGAGACCAAGACCAAGUACCACCUGCCAGGGGACAUGCUGUCAAUUGAACUUGCCAAGAAAUGCCAGCAGCAAGUGAAUGACUUCAACUAUAGAACUCACUUACACCAGUGGACAUGCCUGCCAGACUCCAGUGAUGUGGUUCAGGCUAGAAAGGUCUACGACUUACAGAGUGAUGCCGUAUAUCGAGCUGAUCUGGAGUGGCUGAGGGGAUGUGGCUGGUCAACACAGGACUGUGUGGAUGUCAUCAAAGUAAAAAAUGCCCAGGCUAUUAUCAAUGAGAGGCUCUACCGCCAGCCCCCGAGCACUGUCAAGUUCACCAGUGUUUCUGACCUCCCGGCCAUUGUCUUGUCCAAGCAAAAUGCCCUCAACAUCAGUGAUAGGAAAUAUAGGGAAGUCUGGGAUAAAGACAAGGUCAAGUUUCACCUGCCACCUGAUGCCCCCAGCUUUGUACUGUCCAAGGCCAAUGCUAUCAGCAUCAGCAAUAAACUGUACACAAAGACAUGGGAUGACCAGAAAGCCAAAGGCUACCAUAUCAAGGAGGAUACUAUCGCUGUGCUGAAGGCUAAAGCUUCCAGAGACAUCAUUAGUGACUACAAGUACCAUGCAGGAUACCGCAAGCAGGUUGGCCACCACAUUGGUGCUCGCUGCGUGCAAGAUGACCCUCUGAUCAUGCUUGCUAUGAACGGAGCCAAGAUUGCCAGUGAUGCCCUGUACAAGAAGGACUUUAACAAAUCCAAAACCAAAUUCAACCUUCCAGUCGACAUGCUGAAUAUUGAACUGGCCAAGAAAUGCCAGAUCCAAGUCAACGAUUUCAACUACAGAACACAUCUGCACAACUGGACUUGCCUACCAGACUCCAGUGAUGUGGUCCAGGCUAGAAAGGCCUACGAUCUGCAGAGUGAUGCUGUCUACAAAGCUGAUAUGGAAUGGAUCCGUGGAUGUGGAUGGAUACCACAUGAGUCUGUGGAGGUUUUGAAGGUGAAGCAUGCACAGAAGAUCCUGGCUGAUAGAGGCUAUCGUGUCAAAUUGGAUAAUCAGAAAUUCACAGUCAAAACUGACAGAGUUGACUUGAUCUGUGCCAAGAAUGCUGCUGCUGUCCUCAACGAGGCCAAAUAUCGUGAGGCCUGGCACAAUGACAAGACCAAGUAUACAAUGGUAGACACCCCAAUUCUUGCCACAGCCAGAGAGGUGGCUAAGAACCUUCACCCGAAAUUGUACACCAAAGCAUGGGAUAAGGUCAAAGCCACAGGCUACUUCAUGCCCGGAGAUGCUGUACCAAUCAAGCAGUGCAUCCUCACGAGUAAAGUGCAGAGUCAACAUAAGUACAAUGAGAGUUACCGUAAGCAGGUUGGCCACCACAUCGGUGCUCGCUGCGUCCAAGAUGAUCCUCUGCUCGUGCUGGCUCUGAAUUCAGCCAAGAUUGCCAGUGAUGUCUUGUACAAGAAGGACUUCAACAAGGCCAAGACCAAGUUUAACCUACCGGUGGACAUGCUGCAGUUUGAACUGGCCAAGAAAUGUCAGAGACAAGUUAAUGAUGACCUCUACAGAACCCGCCUGCACCAGUGGACCUGCCUGCCAGACUCCAGUGAUGUGGUCCAAGCCAGAAAGGUCUACGAUCUUCAGAGCGAUAAUGUGUAUAAGGCUGAUUUGGAAUGGAUUCGUGGAUGCGGCUGGAUGCCAAAUGAAUCUGUUGAUCACGUCAAGGUCAGGAAGGCCCAGGAGAUUCUCAACGAGAGACUCUACAAGAAGAAUGCCAAAGACUGCUUUGGAAAAUUCACCCUGAUUGUGGACCGCCCUGAGCUUAUCUUGGCGAGGAUAAAUGCUGCCAACCUUAGUGAUCUAAAGUACAAAGAGACCUUCAAUGCAGAAAAGGGUACUUAUAUUGGUUCAGAAGACACUCCUCAACUGGCCCAUAGCAGGGAUGUGUCUAAGAACAUCAGUGAGAAACUCUACAAACAGCAAUGGGACGAGUCUAAGGCUACAGGCUACCAGCUGAACCAUGAAUACAUCCCACUUCUCAGCGGCAAGAAGGGCAGGGAGAUCGCUAGUGAUGUCAAGUACAAGGAACUCCAUGAGAAGGCCAAGGGUCACUACAUGGCUGGGACCCUGGUAGACUUCCCUGAGGUGAUGCGCUGUGGACACCAGGAAAAGAACAAGGGACUGAGGAUCUACCACAAAGACUACCAUCAAAGCAAGACCAAGACCCACAUACCGCCUGACAUCAUUGCUAACAAGGUUGCUAAGCGGUGCCAGGACAUGCUGAGCGACGUCCUCUACCGUACCUACCUGCACCAGUGGACUUGCCACCCUGACCAGGAAGACGCAAUUCGUGCCCGUAAGACCAACGAGAUUCUCAGUGAUGUGUUCUACAAGGAUGACCUGAACUGGAUGAGGGGCAUGGGUUGCUAUGCAUGGGACACACCAGAGAUUGUUCGUGCCAAGAAGUCCUAUGACCUGCAGAGUGAGCUUAAAUACAGAGUGGGAGCCAAGAAAGAAUUCAACAAUUACUCCAUUGUGACAGAUACCCCGGCUUAUGUGACUGCUGUCCUGGGUAACACCUGGGCCAGUGAUCUCAACUAUAGGGAGGCUUAUCAUAAAGAAAAGCACAUGUAUACCACUAUUCUGGAUACCCAUGACUAUGCCAGAUGUCACAACUUCAAACACUUCUUCAGCAACAAUAUUUACACUGCUGCCUGGGACAAAAUCAAAGCCAAGAGCUACAGUAUUCCCCAUGACUCACAUGCCCUGCAACACGCCAAACAGCAAAAGAUCAUUCUCAGCGGCGUGAAGUACAAGGAGGAUUAUGAGAAGUUCAAAUCCCUCUACAGUCUGCCCAAGUCUCUUGAGGACGAUCCUGGCACUGCUCGCUGCAUCAAAGCUGGAAAGCUGGUCCUUGAUCGUCUGUACAGAGAGAAUUAUGAGAAGACCAAGGCCAAGAACCAUAUCCCACCAGACAUGCUGGAGAUCCUUUCUGCCCGCAACACCCAGUCCACCGUUAGUGGAAUCCACUAUCGCAAGUUUCUGCAUCAAUGGAUAUGCCUCCCUGACAUGCAGGUGUACACCCAAGCACGCAAAGUCAACGAGCAGCUCAGUGACAUCAUCUACAAGGAUGACCUGAACUGGCUGAGGGGUAUCGGCUGCUACGCCUGGGAUACACCAGAAAUCAUCCGUGUCAAGAAUGCUGGUGAUCUUCAGAGUGAGAACAAGUACAGAGCCAAAGCCAUUGAGUCUUUCAAGGACUUUUCGGUGGUGAUCGACACUCCAGUGUAUGAGACGUCCAAGCAGAACUCAGAGAAUCUGAGUGAUUUGCACUACCGCUAUGAUUACAACACCAAUAUCAAGGGCACCAACACGUCUCCUGCUGUUACCAUUGACACAGAAAGGGCACGCCUGGCUAACUACAUCCAGAGUGAUAACUGGUACAAGGAGGCCAACAAGAGCUCAAUGCCCACUGGUUACUCCCUGCCCAAAGACACCCCACUCAUCAAGCAGGCUAAGAUGAACAGCGUUGUCACCAGCUAUGUGAAGUAUAAGGAAGCCUAUGAGAUGACAAAAGCAAAGGCCUACACUCUUCAUCCAGAGGGUGUCAACUUUGUCAACUCAAGGAAGGCUAACAAGAUCACCAACGAUCGUUUGUAUCGGGAGAUGUACCACAAGCAGAAGGAUAAGAUCCACACAACCUACGACACCCCCGAUAUCAAACAAGUCAAGAUGAACCAGGCACACCUCAGCGACUUGUGCUACAGAGAGAAAUACUACAACACCAGAGGCCAGCUGAUCUCUUUGCCCAUUACGCCCCAGCUGAUGCACUGCUACCACGUCAAUGAGAUUACCAGCGAGCUAAAAUACAAAGAGGAUCUGACGUGGCUGAGAGGCCUUGGUUGCUUCUUGUAUGACACCCCAGAGAUGGUCCAUGUCCGCAACAUCACCAAACAAAGGGUGACCUAUCCAGUGGAAGCUAAGAAGAACCUUGCCAACUUCUCUGUGGUCCUGGACACACCAGAGUAUAAACGUGUGACUGAGCUAAAGACCCACAUGAGCAAUAUGAUAUACAAAGCCCAGAGCAAAGAGGAAAUGGCUAAGGUCACCACCACUGUGGACUCUGUAGAGCACCAGAGAGUCAAAUGGGCCCAGCUGCUGUCUAACAAAUACCAGUACACUAAUCUGGCUGCUAGGGAGAGAGCUCAUUUCACUCAAGAAAUUGACACUCCAAACAUGGGCCAUGCUAGAAAAAUGAAAGUGGUCUGCAGUGAUAACAAAUACAAAGACCAGUAUGAGAAGAUGAAGCACAGAUACACUGCCAUUGCUGAUACACCUCUCCUGAUCCGAGCCAAGAAAGCCUACCUCCAGUCCAGUGAUCUGCGUUACAAAGAGACCUUUGAGCUUGCCAAGGGCCACUACCACACAGUCAAGGAUGCUCUGGACAUCACCUACCACCGCAGAGUCACUGAUGACAUCAGCGAGGUUAAAUACAGGGGGAAGUACAUUAACUCUCUGGGUACAUGGAAGUCCAUCCCAGACCGCCCUGAAUUCCUCAUCAGCAAAAUUGCCGGCGAUAACAUCAGCACUGUCAAGUACAAGGAGGAUCUGGGAUGGCUGAAGGGUAUUGGCUGCUUUGUGUGGGACACACCUGAGCUGGUGCAGGCUGAGAAGAACAAGACGCUGUACAGUGAGAGACUGUACAAAGCCUCUUUUGAGAAGAACAGAGGAAACUUCAAGUACACUUGCGAUAGUCCGUUCUUCCAGGCUGCCAAGUAUGCCUCCACUCUCAUCAACGAUGCAAGGUAUAAAUCCAAAGCAAAGGGCCUACUUAAGACUGGUUGCAAUGAGCUACACCGCCCUGACAUCCUCACAGCCCUUUACCAGUCCACUAUGAGCAGUAAGUGGAGGUACAGGGAGCAGUAUGAACGUGCCAAGGACAAGUUCACCUCAGUUCUGGAGACUCCUGAGUAUGAGGCCCACAAACGCAGCAAGAAAAUCGGCGAUAUCAUCUACAAGAUGGAGUACAACAAGACCAAGGCUAAGGGAUACACCUUGCCAUAUGACACUCCACAUCAACAGCACAUGAAGAAGGUCAAGGAUAUCACCAGCAAUCUGAAGUACAGAGAAGUAUAUGAGAAGAGCAAGGCUCAGAUCAACAUGGACCCUGAGGCUCAUUCGAUCCGUGCUGCCAAGGAGGCCUACAAGAACAUCAGCAAUCUUGACUACAAGAAGAAAUAUGAAGCCACCAAGAACAAGUGGAUCUGGACAACAGACAGACCUGAUUUUCUCAAUAAUGCCAAGAACUCCCUGCAACAGAGUGAUGUUGAGUACAAGUACGACAAAGAGAUGAUGAAGGGCUGUGUGAUACCAAUUGUGGAUGACAAGCUGACCCUCCUGGCCAUGAAACGUACUGAAAUGUCCAGCGAUGUGAAGUACAAACAGAAGUAUGAGAUGGAAAAGGGCCAUUACGUGCCAGUCUCGGACACUCCUCAAAUCCUCCAUGCUAAGGCUGUGCGCACUCUGGCGUCAGAGAGCAAAUACAAGCAGGCCAGUAAGAAGGAGAUGCAGUCAGGCUCAUUCACCACCUUGUCUGAGACUCGUGACACUGCCCACAGCAAGGAGAUCAACAAGCUUAUUAGCGGGAAACUGUACAAAGCGAAGUUUGAGAAGGAAAAGGGCAAGUCAAUAUAUAACAACAUGGUUGUUCCACCUGAUGUUCAGCAUGCCAUGGGAGUAGCCAAGAAUCAGAGCAAUGUUGCCUACAAGAAAGAUGCCAAAGCGAACCUACACUACACUAGUGUAAUCGACCGUCCUGACAUAAAGAAGGCUACCCAGGCGGCCAAACUUAUCAGUGAGAUCGGCUACCGUGACAAGGCCCGUAAGGAGGCCAGCCGUGGAGGUUCUCUGGCCCACCGCCCAGACAUUGCUCUGGCCACUGAGGUGUCCAAGCUGAACAGCCAGGUGGAGGCCAAGCCCUCCCUCCAUGGAGCAGCUUCCUACGAUACCCUCCAGAUGCGCCACAUUAAGAAAAUGAGUGCCAUGACUAGUGAUUUGAAAUACAAGGAGAAGUUUGACAAGGAGAUGAAAGGAAAGAGACCACAGUAUGACCUCAAGGACAGUAAGAUUUACAAGACUUUGAAGGAUGCCAAUGAUCUGGCUAGUGAGGUGAAGUACAAGGGUGACCUGAAGAAGAUCCACAAGCCUGUGACGGACAUGGCUGAGUCGCUGUCCAUGCAGCACAACCUGAGCACCAGCAAACUGUCCAGCCAAUACUGCUACAAGAAGAAGUUUGAGGACAGUAAGGGUCACUACCAUAUGAUUGCCGACACACCAGAACAGCUUCAUCACAAGGAGGCCUCUGAACUUCAGAGCAAUGUGAAGUACAAGGAGAAGUAUGAGAAGGAGAAGGGCAAGGCCAUGCUGGACUUCGAGACACCCACAUAUGUGUCUGCUAAGGAGGCCCAGCAUAUGCAAAGCCAGAAAGACUAUAAGAAGGACUUUGAGGAGAACAUGAGGGGAAAGAACCUCUCAGGCUUGGAGGUCACCCCUGCCAUGAUACAUGUCAGACACGCCACCAAAAUAGCCAGUGAGAAAGAGUACAGGAGGGAUCUAGAGGAGGGAGUGAAGGGUAAAGGGAUAACUAUAAUGGAGGAAACUCCGGAGCUUUUGAGAGCAAGGAAUGCUACUCAUAUCCUGUGUGAGAGAGAGUACAAGAAGUCGCUGGAGCAGGAGAUCAAGGGCAAGGGAAUGUUGGCUUUGGCUACGGACACCCCAGACUUCAUGAGGGCAAAGAACGCUACUGACAUCCUCAGUCAGUCUAAAUACAAGCACACCGCUGAGAUGGACAGGGCCAGCUACACAAGUGUCAUCGACACCCCAGACAUCAUCCAUGCUCAGCAGAUGAAGAACAUCAUCAGCCAGAAAAAGUACAAGGAGGAGGCCGAAAGGACCAUGUCUCACUAUGUACCGGUCCUGGACACUCCAGAGAUGCAGAGAGUCCGUGAGAACCAGAAGAACUUCAGCACUCAUCAAUACCAGAUUGACCAUAAAAGCGUAAUGGGCAAAGUGUCUACUAUAAAGGACACUCCUGAAAUGCUUCGUGUUAAAGAGAAUACAAAGAAUUUCAGCUCGAUUCAGUACAAAGAGGAUUUGGGAGGAGGAACAGCUUUGCCCGAGACCCCCGAGAUGGAGAGAGUUAAACGCAAUCAGCGGAACAUUAGCACGAUUCAGUACAAGGAUUCUGUGGGUCAAGGCACAUCCAUACCAGAUCUCCCUGAGGUGAAGCGAGUCCGAGAAACCCAGAAGAAUAUCAGCUUGAUUCAAUACAAGGCAGGCGUGGGACAAGGCACGUCAGUGUCAGAAACCCCAGAGAUGGAGAGAGUUAAACGCAAUCAGCACAACAUAAGCACGAUUCAGUACAAAGAUGCUGUGGGUCAAGGCACAUCCAUACCAGAUCUCCCUGAGGUGAAGCGGGUCCGAGAAUCCCAGAAGAAUAUCAGCUUGAUUCAAUACAAAGCAGGAGUUGAACAAGGCACGUCAGUGUCAGAAACCCCAGAGAUGGAGAGAGUGAAACGCAAUCAGCACAACAUUAGCACGAUAAAAUACAAGGACUCUCUGGGUCGAGGCACAGCUAUAUCGGACCUCCCUGAGGUGAAGCGGGUCAAACAAACCCAGAAGCACAUCAGCUCGGUUUUGUAUAAAGACAGUUCAGCCAAAGGAACUCCUGUGGUGUUUACCCCGGAGAUGGAACGAGUCAAAAGGAACCAAGAAAACAUUAGCUCGGUGCUGUACUCUGACAGUUUCCGGAAGCAGGUCCAGGGCAAGGCUGCCUUUGUUCUGGACACACCUGAGAUGAGGCGCGUCAGGGAGACCCAGCGCAUCAUUUCGGGAGUGAGAUACCACCAGGACUUUGAGAAGAGCAAGGGCAGCUUCACUCCCACCACCUCUGACCCGGUGACAGAGCGCGUGAAGAAGAACACCCAGGACUUCAGCGACAUCAACUACCGUGGCAUCCAGAGGCGUGUGGUGGAGAUGGAAAGGAGACGUGCCAUCGAGCAUGACCAGGAGACCAUCACUGAUCUGCGUGUGUGGCGCACAAACCCCGGCUCUGUGUUUGACUACGACCCUGCUGAGGACAACAUCCAGUCCAGGAGUCUGCACAUGAUGUCAGUGCAAGCUCAGCGUCGUAGUAAGGAGCACUCCCGCUCCACCAGCGCCUUAAGCGGCAUGGCUGAUGAGAAGUCUGAGGUGUCCCAGGACCCCGACCACCACAUGUCCCUCUACAGCAACGGCUUCAUGGCCUCUUCUACCGGUUACCAGCAUGCUAAGACUGUGGAGCUCCAGCAGCGGUCAUCAUCAGUGGCCACCCAGCAGACCACCGUCUCCUCCGUACCUUCACACCCUUCUACCACCGGGAAAACUGUGCGUGCCAUGUAUGACUACGGUGCAGCAGACAAUGAUGAGGUGUCCUUCAAAGAUGGCGAUGUCAUUGUUAACGUGCAGGCCAUUGACGAGGGGUGGAUGUAUGGUACUGUGCAGCGCACCGGCAAGACCGGCAUGCUGCCAGCCAACUACGUUGAAGCAGUUUAAAGACAAAACCCCCCCAUCGUCCCUACAGAGUGGGCGUGACACAUCCACAGGGCAAACUGAUUUGUCUGUCUGUGAUCGCAAAUGUGGCUUCGUGUAAUGUGUAGCUUUUAGUUACUUGUAGCUCUGUAACUGUAUUUUAUUUGUGUUGUAAUUCUCGUCUGUUAUCAUUCAUAUGCUGCUGCCCCUGUUGCCUGUGGAUGUGAUAAAAUCAUCAUGACAUGACAUCACACAUGAGAUAUUUCUGAUUAUACAUACUAUAAAUGGCAAACUAUUUUAGAUUGUUUUAACUGUUCUAAGACACUCUUAGAAAAGCAAGACUCACUAACAAUACACCCCUUGUAUAUUUCAAAAAUAUUUACUAUAUAUAAAACAUUUUUUGUCUGAGUUGUACUGCCCAAACAAUGGGCUGAAAUAGCUCCAAUUAUGCCUUUAAUGGAAAUUCUAUGGAGAGAAAAACAAAUGACUACAGUAAUGAAACCUUUAAGGAGUCAGUUACCAUCUGUCUCCUCCAUGAUAAAAAAACACUCGUGAAGAGUUGUACGAAACAAGCCUCAGUCUUCCCUUUCUACUGAAGGCUGGCCACUAGUAAAAUAUGUGUUUUGUUUCUAUUUAGAUCCUCUAUCUUUAAUCAGUAGCUAAUAAAGCACACCAAGCUCCUGCAGC